UAACUGGUGUAGGUGGGGGCAUGCUAGCAUUACUUGGUGUGCGUGGUACUCAUUCUUGCCGCUAGUGGUGCGACCGAGCUGCAGAAGAAACAUGGCGGCCUCGAGCGAUAUCAUUCCUCCGGAAAUAUCGGCGAGCGGCUAUGAACAUCAGCAACGACCUCAGGGACAGCGCUACGCCUUCACGCCCGAAGAGCUGAGGGUCCUCAAAGAAUGCAACCGAGAGAGCUUCUAUUAUCGCAGCCUUCCAUUUGCGACUGCUGCGAUGGUGGCGGUUCACUACGGAGCCAAGGCCGGUUACCUGACAGCUCAUCCUAGAUUUGGAACGACCCUGAAGGUUGUGGGCGCCGGAUUUGCUGGCUGGCUGAUCGGCAAGUUCUCGUACCAGAGCACAUGCGAACAGAAAUUGAUGCAGCUGCCUGGAAGCGUCAUUGGGGACGCCAUUCGACGCAAGCGAGGGCUGUCGUCAUCCCAAACGACCGGUGACCCGCAGGACAGCAACCAAGUGCUGGACUUCACCCUCAAGGAUCCCCAGUAUUCGAGCAGGAUCGCCGAGUCAUCCUCGAGGCCAAGCAGUCUGGACACACUGGGACACACCACUUACCAGGGCCUGGACGACAGCUUCAGGCCAUCCAUGGACAACCCGAACGCCACGCAAGCUCCCGAGGACCUCCCGCCGCCGCAGUACAAGACCUCGUACGAUGAACUACGCCGGCAGAACAGGCUGGAGCACGAGAGGCGGCUGGCCGUGGCGUCCUCGGCACAGCACCAGCAGCAGGCUGCCCAGCUGCAGCCUGAACUCUCGGACCCCGCGUCCCAGGCCAACCGUCCCUCGCAGCUGGGCGCACGAGACCGUCCGCCCCGGAGCGCGUUCGACACCAGGACGGCCGCCACCACCAUUCCCGGGACGGUCCCAGCGCGCAGCACGGGUGCAAAGAAGAACGACUACGGAGACACCUGGGACGACUGAGGGCACCAUGUUGAUGGAGCAUUCAAGGAGUGUUGGUUCAACCUUUUCUUUCAGUCUAGGAAGUUUAUGGGAAAUGGAGGAAGGAGAGUAUACAAACCGUACUGUUGGGCACCUGGACGCUGUCGUCUGCUGUAGUAAUAAAGGGGAUGCGAACAAUUCAGUGCCACAA